GGAGUACUUUCCGUUAAUGUUUGCGCUCUGGCUAACAAUGUCAAACAUUUCCGAGAACGACUUACCUGCGGUCACCGAUCUAAAAUCAAUGCGCGCCUCUGCGGUCACUCGUCGUUAAUGCUACUUAAAUGAUUGACACGCAUUUUGACCAAUAGCUGCCCGAGAAGCUGUAACAUAGCGUUGUCCAAUGUGUACAGUGUCCAAUAGGAGAGUCAAAGAGCUUGUAGAAGGCGGGACCUAGCAGAAAAACAUUAGCCAAGGCAUAAUGAAUAAUAAAAGACAGCUACGCCCCCUUUAAAUCCCAAAAGAAAAUAUAUAUCGGGGGGAAUACAUAUUUGAGGGAAACUUAGGUCGUCUGGUAAACAAUAUUUAGACAAUUCCGUUCUUCGAGUGCCCAGAAGAUGGCGGUGUUUACACAGAAGGACUAUUAUUCAGUUCUUUAAAAGUCCAGAAGAUGGCAGUGUAGCAAAAGCCACCACAAUAGAGUCUUGUCUGUGGAGGUUGGAUUUCCUCAUCCUUUCUCAGCAUCAUCCUUUGCCUCCGCAUCUGGACCACCUGCCGUCUUAUUAGAGUCAUCUCCAUUUGAAAUGCAACGUGUCAGUCGCGGCUUUGUGUAAACCUCGCCGAAAGGUUCACAAGACCUGCUUGGUGGCUUAUUAAACGCCCUGUGUAUAAAUGUCAUCUUGAUAAAGGAUGUGCUGAAAUCUUCGGGCGUAGCAGUGAUACAGCAUCUUUUUCCGUGACACAUCAUAUUCAACACGAGUGGACAAGCUCCCAUUUAAGACCAUGUCGGACAAAAGUGACUUAAAAGCAGAACUGGAGCGCAAGAAGCAGCGCCUCGCCCAGAUAAGGGAGGAGAAAAAGCGAAAAGAAGAAGAAAGGAAGAAGAAAGAGGUAACCAAAAAAGCAGAGAGCCAGCAGAAAACAGAGCCCACCUCAGAGGACUCGGACUUGGACCGCAAGCGUCGAGAAACCGAGGCCCUGCUGCAGAGUAUCGGCAUUUCACCCGAGCCUCCUUUAGUGCCAAAUCCAUUGUCCCCAUCCAAAUCAAUGAGCACACCCAGUGAAACGGAGAGUCAGGAUUCAGCUGAUGGCGGAGCAGCAGGCAGGACCCUGCAAUGGGACACAGACCCUUCUGUGCUACAACUGCAAGCCGAUUCUGAGCUUGGACGAAGGAUGCAGAAGCUGGGGGCCUCCAAGAUCACACAAGUUGAUUUCCAACCAAAAGAAUUGGUCUUAUACAGCAAAGAGACACAAACACCGCUCACUGCUCAUCUAUCUGAAGAGGAGGAAGAUGAGGAUGAAGAACUCAUGGAAACCAAGACAGGCCUGGAGUCGGAACCGCAGGAUGAAGAUGAGAAGGAAAGUAAAGAAGCAAGCUCUUUCCCUGUGCUGCGGGAGUUGACGGAGGAGGAGAGGCAGCAAAUCCUCCACUCGUCAGAGUUUCAGAAUUUCUUCGACUGCAGCAUCCGGGUGAUGGAGAGAGCUUUGGCCGAAAGUGGCGAUAUCUUCUUCGACUACAGCGGCAGAGCCCUGGAAGACAAAGACGGGGAUCUGGCAGGAGGCUCCAGCUUGUGCUUCACCCGACUUUUCUACGAUGAACAUUGGUCAAAACAUCGUGUCGUCACCUGUCUUGACUGGUCCCCUCAAUAUCCAGAGUUGCUCGUCGCCUCCUACAACAACAACGAAGAUGCUCCCCAUGAACCAGAUGGCGUCGCCCUCGUAUGGAACAUCAAAUUCAAAAAGGCCACACCGGAGUACAUCUUUCAUUGUCAGUCUCCGGUGGUGUCGGUGGGUUUUGCCAGAUUUCACCCAAACCUCGUGGUGGGUGGGACCUACUCGGGCCAGAUCGUAUUGUGGGACAACCGCAGUCAUAGACGGACCCCGGUUCAGAGGACGCCACUGUCCGCUGCUGCACACACUCACCCCGUUUACUGCGUCAAUGUAGUUGGCACUCAGAACGCCAACAACCUGAUCACCGUUUCUACAGAUGGAAGGAUGUGCUCUUGGAGUUUGGACAUGCUUUCUCAGCCCCAGGAGAGCAUGGAACUCGUGUAUAAUAAAUCCAAACCAGUAGCAGUGACCGCAAUGGCCUUCCCGACAGGAGAUGUUAACAACUAUGUAGUAGGUAGCGAAGAAGGAACUGUUUACACUGCAUCCAGACAUGGCAGUAAGGCGGGGAUCUGCGAGAUGUUUGAAGGCCACCAAGGGCCUGUGACGGGGAUCAGCUGUCACAACGCUGUAGGCACUGUGGACUUUUCCCACCUGUUUAUCACUUCCUCCUUUGAUUGGACGGUCAAAUUGUGGAGCACGAAGGUGUGCGCUGGUCUUCAUGGGAAACGCAACUCUGAUCCGGCAUCGCUAAAAUCGACCAAAACUGAAAAGUUAAGUGUUGCUUUAAAUGAGUUCAUCACUAAGAAACGUCCAAUUGUCCAACCCACCCACUUCAAAUUGGUAAGACGUCUAUUACUGCCAAUGGCAGUCAAUGAGUUAAGAGGCUAAAAGAAGAGGAUCUGGACACUUUUCAGGGAAAUAUUGUCCGUCCGUCUGUCUGUCCAUACAUCCAUCAUCUUCCGCUUGCUCCGGGGUCGGGUCGUGGGGGCAGCAGCUUUAACAGCCACUUCAACCAGCUCCUCCGGUGGGAUCCCAAGGUGUUCCCAGGCCAGCCGAGAGACAUAGUCUCUCCAGCGUGUCCUGGGUCGUCCCCAGUGCCUCCCGCCGGUGGGACAUGCCCGGAACACCUCUCCGGGGAGGCGUCCAGGAGACACCCGAACCAGAUGCCUGAGCCACCUCAGCUGGCUCCUCUCAAUGCGGAGGAGUCCCUCCUGGAUGAUCGAGCUUCUCACCCUAUCUCUAAGGGAGAGCCCGGAAACCCUGCGGAGGAAACUCAUUUCAGCUGCUUGUAUCCGGGAUGUUGUUCUUUUGGUCACGACUCACAGCUCGUGACCAUAGGUGAUGGUAGGAACGUAGAUCGACUGGUAAAUCGAGAGCUUAGUCUUUCAGCUCAGCUCCUUCUUUACCACUACGGACCAGUGCAGAGUCCGCAACGCUGCACCGAUCUGCCUGUCCAUCUCCCGCUCCCGCCUACCCACGCUCGUCAACAAGACCCCAAGAUACUUGAACUCCUCCACUUGGGGCAGGAUCUCAUCCCCGACCCGCAGAGGGCACUUCACCCUUUUCCAACUGAGGACCAUGGUCUCGGAUUUGGAGGUGCUCAUCUUCAUCCCAACUGCUUGACACUCAGCUGCGAACCGCUCCAGUAAGAGAUAGAGGUCACGGCUUGAUGAAGCCAACAGCACCACAUCACCAAAAACCAGAGAUGCAAUGCUGAGGUCACCAAACCGAACCCCCUCAAUGCUUUGGAAUUGCAAUUCUGUCCAUGAAAAUUACGAACAGAAUCUGUGACAAAUGGCCUUGGCGGAGCUCAACACUCACUGGAAACGAAUACGACUUACUGCCGGCAAUGCGGACCAAACUGUGACACCAGUCGUACAGGGACCGAACAGCCCUUGAAAUACUGUCUCUAAACAAUUAAUUAAUUACGAAAAUAGUUGUCAAUUGACAGCAUUCCAUUGAGGCCAGUGGCGGAAAAAAUGUAAACAGGGCCCGGGUGCGAUGAGCAUUAACGGAACCCCCUCGAGUGGACCACCAAACACUUCGCCCAAUCAUGCCCACUUUAGGCCCCUAAGAGGCCCAGGCCUGGUUACGGUCGCACCCUCAGCACCCUGCUCAAUUCCACCCUGGAUUGAGGCACAUUUGAUAGUGUGGGUACGACUUCAAUCUUGAAGACUAUCUACAUUCUUUUAUAAUGGAAAGUAAUGCAAAAUUUUCAAUGGCAGAAAACUACACUGUACAUUGGAGGAUUCGUACAUGCUGAUCGAAGAAAAACAACAAUCUACAGAUUUCCAUCAAGUAACUUAUGUUACAUAUCACUAUUUAGGAAUUCCCCUUUUCUAUACCACUGGAAUGCAUUUAUGCCUCUUAUUCAUGUUUGUACAUGGGCAACGGCGUGCGGAGUACCUAAAUCAAUAUAUGUGUGCAUGUUUGUGCAGACGUAUGCCUUUACAUACCUCGAAGUGACUCCCUCUGCUUACCUAAAAUCCCUCAGGGUUUACCUUCCACCCUCCAAUCAUAGCUUUCACAAACUGGAGUAGGGCACGCAACCGCACAUUUAGGUCACCGUCUCGAUCAAGCGCACGUUUGGAAAGCACUCUGCUAAUGUUGUUUUGCAUUACGUGUUUCAAAUACUGUGGUUAAUAUAAACAUUUGGAAUCCGACCAAGAGAGGGUUUACUUACAUAUGCAUAACAAGAACUCUUAAGGCCAACAUCUCGUGAGAGUGAAUGGAUGGAUAACAUGUUAUUGUGCCACUUAAGCUGUUCUAGGAACUUCAAGUUAGGUGAGCUAUACUGAGGGGAGACAGAAAAGUUAUAGCUUUGAUGCACCAGAAGGCUAGCCUAGCAUUUUAAGAUUAGAUGUAAGAGUUGCAUACGUAGACGUAAAGAUUGUAAAUACAGUUUUGCAUACAUUCCGGGAUGGAAUAUCCGUCAGAGCUUUACUUCAGGAGGAAAAACAACAUUUCCAAUUGUUGUUUUUCUGCUUUUGUUCUGGAUUUGGAGCUUUUGAGCAUCCACAAAAUAGUCACUCACUGAAUCAGAACUGAAUCCACUUGAACCACAAGUGACUCGUGUAUCAGCAUAAUUAAAGAUAAAAAGAACUUUGCGAUCAUUUAGUUAAAUAUACGUUUUAAGACACUUUAAACUUGCAAAUGCACCACUACUGGUAUCGUUACCGAUACGGCAAAAUGGCCAAAAUAAUGUCUUUGGUAUCGGGGUGUACUAAGAAAUAAUGUGCCGAUGCUGUACAACAUGUACUUUUUGAGAUAUAAUUUCCAGCCUCUGGUUGCCCUACCCAAGAUGGCCUCCAGUUACGCACAUCGCCGUAAAAAAAAAAAAGGAGCACUUGUUGCCCUACCCAAGAUGAUAAAUGUGAAAUCAUUUGCCGUCUAUUCUUCUGCUGUGAGUUACAACGAGUUUAUCACUAGUCUGAAUCGCUGCCAUUCUUCCCACUUCAAAUCGAUUGGACAUCAAGCACUGUUUACAAAAAUUAGUUAAGCAGUGUCUGACCAAGCUAUUAUAGCAAUUACUUUACAGUCAAGGUGAGU